AUGGAGAGCACUUUAGUUCAAUGCAAGCAAGCAGUUGAGCAUGCUAUUUCAAUGUAUAAAGCAUAUAAUGAAAUUUGGCUAGCAUCACCAAAAAGUAUUAAAACUGUUUACCAGUGGCAGAAACCUCCGGAUGGCUUUGUUAAAAUGAAUGUUGAUGAAGCUAUUUUUGAGGAUAUUCGGAAAGCUGGUGUGGGAGUUGUACUACGGGAUGCUACUGGUGGAGUGUUAAUGGCUGCAAUAAAAAGGGAGGAUGACGUUGAUGAGGUGGCUACAAUUGAAGCUCUUGCAAUACUAAGGGGCUUGCAGCUAUGUAUACCACUUGGCUUUCGCAAGCUUGUGAUCGAAAGUGAUUGUCUUUUGCUUGUUCAAGAAUUGCAAGCUUCAUCAGAGCCUUUAGCUAAUGCAGGUAACAUUAUUGCUGAUGUCAAGCAACUCUUGUCAAGAUUUCAGGAAGUCCAAAUUCAACAUGUUAAUCGUAUGGGGAAUUCUGUAGCUCAUGCAUUGGCUAGGAAUGCUUGGAAUGUUGUUGAUAUUUCUCUAUGGUGGGAUCAUCUUCCAUCUUUCCUUCAAAAUUUUUUAUGGCUUGAUGCCAAUUCACGUAUGGAUGAUGAUUGA